AUUAACAAUAAUGUCAAUGCCUGGUUUUCCGAUAUCCCCAAUCCCAGAAAAUCAUGACCGAUCGAACUUACGUUGAGCAACUAGCACCGCUAGAUUUGCCCAUGCCUAGAACCUACAUUAGGGUUCUUUUUGUUUUCGAACAUGCCGGUUCAACGCUCCAAAUCACUCAAAGUCUCCAAUCCGGUCUUGAUAGGCUUUCGGAACAGCUGCCUUGGCUAUCUGGGCGAGUCUUUCCAAAGGCAUCAGUUCAAGACAGAGCUUCCUCUAUUGAGAUCCGAUGGAAUGCGAACAAUGCGCCAACUCUUGUCGACAAAGGGACUAUAGCGGCAUCAUACAAAUGCGCAUCUUCUCAUGGAAUGCCCCCAGAAACCAUCCCAUCGGACAUGUGGCCAGUUCCAAGCAUGAUCGACGAUGCUCUCUUCGCAACGGGAGUUCCUGUUUUCGCCACGAGCAUCUUUCGCUUCGCUGAUGAAGGUCUGGGCUUGUGUGUUUGCUUACAUCACAACGUUGUCGACGGGACUGGAUUCUCGGGAAUUAUGCGACUGUGGGCCCGAAACGUCGCCGAUCCUAGAUUCACUUUUUCCAGUUCGUCCCGGAGUAGAUCUGAACGGCUUGCGGAAGCGCUAUCGUUCGAUCUCCAAGAGACCUCAUCAAUCUCUUCCGAAAAUCUACUCCUGCUGCACCCCGAAUACUCAAAAAUACCACCUACUGUACCAGAUGAACUCCCCUCAUGUACAUCCAAGCUCUUUAUGAUUUCAAUGCACUGGAUUGAUAUUCUGAAGGAGCUCAUGCGCAAAUAUAUGUCGAAAGCACCGACCACGAAUACUGUGAUAUGCGCACUUAUCUGGACCACAGUCACCCGGGUUCGAAUGCAAUAUAAUCCAUCUCUUGGAGGAGACAUCAGUCAAUUAGCAAUGGCAGUCAAUGGCCGACAGCGCAUUGGCGAGGACUUCUCGACCCUCGAAUCCCCUUUUUUCGGAAAUGCAGUGUUUUACUCCCUGUCGAAGUUUCCAGCUGGAGCCUUAGCUACAUCCGAUGAAGCUCCUGUGCGCUUGCUCGCCAAAAUAUGUGAACACAUUGCCCAGUCGCAAUCUCAUUCCGUGAUUAACUCGCGGUACAUCGCGGAGGUCUACCACCUGAUAGAUCGCAUGGAGGAUUGUAGGUCUCUUUUUGUGGGCUGGGACCUCUUUGGAUCGCGCGAUCUCACGAUCACAAACUGGGCUGAUCUUGAGCUAUAUGAGAUGGACUUUGGCGAUUUACUGGGACGGCCGAAGUUCGUAAGGCUGCCUUAUAUGGAAGCAGAUGGGGUUGCUCUUAUUCUACCACGCCAGCGGGCUGUAUCUCAGGAAGUGCUCGAAGUAAUGGUCAUGCUGCGGAGAAAUCAUAUGGAUGCUUUGGAAAGUGAUCCACUAUGGCAGAUCCUUCUCGCAAUUGAUAGGAAAAAUGAGGAUGAUGUGAGGUUUAAUAUCUAAGACUAAAAUGAAAAAAGCUCAGUUAACAAUUUACU